UUAAUAUUGUCUACGAUUAUUUCCGUUGUAUAUACGGGUGAUGAUAUGACAAAAGCAAAACAAAAUGGGGAUGCAAAAGGAGAUUCAGAUUCUGCUGUCCAUUACCAGGAGUAUCAAAAGCGCUUGGUUUCUUUUUUGAAGGAUAUCUCACCAAAGUUCAUUAAAGAGACUUCUUUCAUCAAGCUCCUUGAUAAAUACAUCAAUGAUAGCAAGGAAGUUUUCGAAAACCUAGACAAGAUUACCAGAAGUAAAAACUCUGCGGAGGUCAACAGUGUUACAUAUUUUGAUGAUGAUUCUGUGAGGCAACCACUUAUCCAUGAAAAAACUGACAUGAUCAUAAAACAUGAUCUUGGAGACCUUCAAAAACAGUACAUCAUCAACCUCCUGGACAAACAGAUCAAUUAUGGAAUGGAAUUUCUCAAAAACCUACAUCAGAUUACAAGAAAGAAUGCAGCGAAAGUCAACAAAAUGGAUCAUUCUGAUGACAUGCCUGAUCUGGAACAGGUGACUAUUGAAAAAGCUGACAUGAACACACAUGCUUCACUCCAAAAGACACCAUUGGUGAGUUUUUUUUUAUUUGCAAAAAUUAUAAAAUUUAACAAUACAAAUAGAGAACAUUGUAUGCUAACAAAUUGUUAAUAUGAACAACAUGUGGCUGAAUCACUUCGGAUGGAUCCAAAUUUACAUAACAAGGACAAAAAUAUUGUGCAAGAAGAGGACAGGUCGGUUACUACUCUCUCUGAGAAUGGGGACAGCACAAGUGUGAUCAAUGAACUAGAAUCCCACAACUCCACAAACGAUAAGGCUGAUGAGGGAGACACAAAAGAGUAUGGAAAUAAGGAUGGAUCCUUGGUCAAUCAGGAGCAUGUAUCCCACCAUGAUCUACAUGUCGGUGCAGGUGUAGAUGCACAACAGUCUAAAGGGUUUUUAGAUGUAUACAAUGAAGGAGAUAAGAAAGCCCUUUCGUUUUCAUAUAGCCUUGGAUAUACAGAAAAUCAUAUGAACAUCAAUUUUUGGAAGAAAAUUUUAUGCGAGAACACUCCUACGCAGGAACGUGGCUGGCUAGAUGACGACCAUAUUGACAUAUGGGGUCAUAUAUUGUUGAAUACCAAGAAACCCGUAAGUUGUACAAUUAUGCCGGCCAAUUUUUUACCUACUCAAUUAACUGGCCUAUGGAAGGAUGAAUGGAUCGCACUUGUAAAUGGGUCGUAUGCUCCAUAUCGAGCUUGGUCGGCUGUCGAUACCGUAUUACUGCCCGUUAACAAAGAAAAUGAUCAUUGGUUGAUUGCUGUUUUGGAGUUGAAGACAUGGAUUGUGACCAUCUAUGAUAGCUCGUCUUCAGAAAUCAAUGAAAGAUGGAUCAAGGAUCAAUUACAAGAUUUCGACAUAACUAAAUUCUUAAAGUCCACUGCUUAUUGGGAAACAAGUGGUCGGAAGUCUACUACAGUUGAUUUAAAUGUGAAAUUUGCCAAAGGUAUACCGCAGCAAACGAACUGGAUGGACUGUGGUAUUUUUGUAGCCAUGUGGUUAGAGGCUUUUUGCACCGGAACUGCUGAGUUGAAAAUUGAACAUGGCAAGACCGAAGACCAUUGUCAGAUGUAUCGCAAACAAAUGGCUGAUGUUAUCUGGGCAUAUUCUGGCUGUAGUUGAAAGUCACACCUAUGCAAUUUUAAGAAGUCGUUUGGACGUUUGGUACUGUAUUUCAAAUGGAUUGCUUAUGUUUGAAAUAGUUUUUGUAUUGAAACAAUCAGAAUUAGACAAUGAGCAAUUGAUACAAACAAAGUGGAUG